CAGCACCAGCUCCCUCUAAAAGGAAGGCACCUCCCGUGCUAAUGAAGGGGUGGGGCUAAGAUGGCCGCCCUCAUCUCCUGGUGCUUUACGGCACUAUUACGCGGUCUCAGCUCGCUCGGCCAAUCGGAACGCAGGGGCUCCGGAAGCAGCCGUCAAGCAAGGCAAUAUUUUGCAGUGCUGCCACUAUGGAAGCCAAAAGUAAAAGAAAAUUCACAGGAAAGAGUGGAAAAGCACCACAUGGAAAAAGCAAAUUUAAAAAAGACAACGAUUCAGGUCCUCCCAAGAAGUUUCGUAGCAAAGGGGACAAGGCAGGAAAGCUUAAGUUCAUUAAGAAGAAAUAUGAGAGAGGAAAUAAAAAACCUGGUAAAGUUGGUAAGAAUCAGUUCAAGAGCAAACAGCAGCCAGAAAAUCUCACUAAGAGAAAACUCCAGAAAGAUAAAGAGGGUGGGCCAGUAUCUAAGAAGCCUAAAUGGAGUGACUUCAAAAAGAAAAAGAAGGAAUUAAAACAAAGCAGACAACUGAAUGACAACACCAACUAUGACACAAUUGUGAAAUCAAAGCAGAUAUGGGAAAGUAUGAGAAGGAAAAACUGUGACAAGGAGAAGCGAAAGAAACUGCUGAAUGAACUACAAAAACUGGUUCGGGGGAAAAUUAAAAGUCUGGCAUUUGCUCAUGACUCGACUCGAGUUAUCCAGUGUUUCAUUCAGUAUGGCAAUGACAAGCAAAGGCAGGAGAUGUUUGAAGAAUUAAAAGAAAGUCUAGUAGAAUUGAGCAAAUCAAAGUAUUCCAAAAACAUUGUAAAGAAGUUUCUUAUGUAUGGAACGAAGGCACAAGUUGCAGAAAUAAUUAAAAGCUUUAAAGGUCAAGUGAGAAAAAUGCUCCGCCAUGCUGAAGCAUCUGCUAUAGUGGAAUAUGCCUACAAUGACAAAGCCAUUUUGGAGCAAAGGAUCAUGCUGACAGAAGAACUCUAUGGGAACACAUUCCAAAUUUACAAGUCACCAGUUCACUCAACACUGGACAGCAUGUUAGAAGCACAGCCUGAAAAGAAAGAGGCCAUUUUGGAUGAAAUGAAACAGAUUCUUACACCUAUGGCACAAAAGGAGGCUGUGAUAAAGCACUCACUUGUUCAUAAAGUAUUUUUGGACUUCUUCAUCCAUGCUCUCCCAAAACAAAGAUCUGAAAUGAUUGAAGCCAUCAGAGAAGCAGUAAUCUACUUGGCACAUACACAUGAUGGAGCCCGGGUAGCUAUGCACUCUUUAUGGCAUGGCACACCAAAGGACAGGAAAGUCAUCCUGAAAACAAUGAAGACUUACAUUGAAAAAAUAACUACUGGUGAAUUCUCUCAUUUGGUCUUGCUUGCAGCGUUUGAUUGCAUUGAUGAUACCAAGUUGAUGAAACAACUAAUCAUAUCUGAAAUAAAUGCUACCCUCCCCAAUAUAAUAAAUAACAAAUAUGGAAGGAAGGUUCUAUUGUACUUGCUAAGCCCAAGAGAUCCUGCCCAUUUCCUGCCUGAGAUCAUCAAACUAUUACAACAGGGGGAUGGAAAUGAAUACAGUAAGAAAGAUGUAGCUACCCGUCGUCAUGAACUCUUGGAAGCCAUUUCCCCCUCUUUGUUGACAUAUUUGCAAGAAAAUGCCCAAGAAAUGGUGAUGGACAAAACUACAUGUGUCUUGGUGACAGACAUCUUAGGAUCAGCUCUUGGUGAUGUCCAGCCUGCCAUGGAUGCCAUUGCUAAUUUGGCAACAGAAGAGCUGGUUCCGGGUGGCAAAGAUGGACAGCUUCAUGUUGCAGAGCAUCCAGCAGGUCAUCUGGUUCUGAAAUGGUUAAUAGAACAAGAUGAAAUAAUGAGGAAGAGUGGAAGAGAAGAGUGUUUUGCAAGAACGCUGGUAGAACAUGUCAGUAUUAAGAAAAUGAAGUCCUGGGCAGAAGUCAAUCGAGGUGCCAUUAUUCUUUGUUGCCUUCUACAGAGCACAGAUCAAGAAGUAUCAAAUAAUGUCAAAAAAGGACUAAAAGGUCUCAUUCCAAACUUGAAAAAAAAUAAAAAUGCAAAAGGAAUAGAGGCAUUGCUAGAGAAAUUGACCUCCUAAUUUUAAACAAAGUUUUAAAGAAGACCAGUUUUCUACCACUGACCUGAGUCUUUGGACAUUCUGUACAAUGCUUAAUGAUUUUUAAUAAAUAUUCGUUGAUGAUAAUAUAUUUAUAAAUUAAGCAGUUUGUAAAAUAAUGCGACUGUUCUUCUCAAAUAACGUAGUCUCUGGUGUCAGAACCUGAAUGAGAACCCUGAAGGGCUUGAGUUCUAGGACUAAGAACAGCCUGUAAGGACAUCUACACAUCCUAGCUUUGAAUUUACAUCUGUCCCAGCAUUUUAUAUAAGAUCUGUUAAUACCAUUAAUAAAAAUGUCUGUGUGGUUUUUUU